GAUGAAGCAGCAUUAGAUCUGACAGCAGCUGCAUUUUUUAUGUGCAAAAUCUUUUAUUAAUAUUAUAAGUGAACUUCAAAGGACAUUAAUAAAAAAUCCAUGUCAUGACCCCUUUAAUAAAAUACAGAAUACAACGAUUAAAUGAACAGUGAAAGUAAAAGAAGCUCUUACAAUAUAUUUUUAACAAGCAUAAUUAAGCAUGAAUAUGACUAGUAAAAGACUAGGAAGGCAACAUCUAUUUACUAGACAAAAUAAAUAAUCUAAUAUGAUUCAUAUUCUUUUGGUUCAGGUAUCGGAAAUCGGUAUUGGCAAAAUCAUCAUUGUAAAAGUUCAGGAAAGAAAUGGCAUCGGAACAUCCCCAACCAUAAUAAUUAUAUAAUUAUUCUUUUAUUUUUUCCCAACAUGUCAUCAAAAUUCAUAACUCCACAAAAUGCCAAAUAGCUAAGCAUCUGUGUGUGCCACGGACGCACUGUACGUGCAAACUAGUCGAGUCAUGCUACAGCUCUUAUUUACUUCUGGGUCGCCCUUCAGCCGCACGAGUGUGUCACCACAAAAAUCACCUCUCAGUGGUGUCGACACGAAUCGUCUCUUCCUCACUUAACGCCUCUCGCUCUCCCAAUGUUCUUCUCCUUCACGCCCCCCACCCCCUUUCUCGUCACUUAUUUUCACCCUUUUUGCGUUCAUGCCUCCCCAGAUUUCAUUCUCACCAGCUCUCAACACCUCCUCUCUCUCUCUCUCUCCCGCCACCUCUCCUCACACACACACUCUUCCUCACAUCCCUGCCUCUCUACCCAUCACAUCGCCGGCUUCAUCGCAUCUCAUCGUCUGUGUCUCUCUGCCACGCACACACGCUUGCAGUCAUUCUCUGACUCUCACACGUGCCAGUCGGCUCUACAUCUGCGUGUCCUGCGGCUCGGCUGUGGUUCGUCUCCUCUCUGGAGCUUGAAGGAGGGCAGAGAGGCCAUGGAGCACAGCCACAUCUUCACCGUACUGUCCACCAACUCCAGUUCUUGGAGUCCUCGCGGUUGCCCUCUCGGACAGUUUCCAGUCAUUUACUACAGUUCCUUGCUGUGCCUCGGCCUGCCUGCAAACAUCCUCACAGUGAUCAUCCUUUCUCAGCUGGUGCUGCGACGACAGAAAUCUUCCUAUAACUACCUACUGGCCCUGGCCGUAGCCGACAUCCUGGUCCUGCUGUUGAUCGUAUUUGUGGACUUCCUUUUGGAGGACUUCAUUCUCGGAGCGCCUCUGCCCCACUCGCUCAACAAAGCCGUGCAGGUUCUGGAGUUCUCCUCCAUCCACACCUCCAUCUGGAUCACAGUGCCCCUGACCGUGGAUCGCUACAUCGCCGUUUGCCAUCCACUGCGCUACCACACCGUAUCCUACCCAGCCCGAACUCGCAAAGUGAUUUUGGCAGUGUACGUUGGCUGCCUGAUCUCCAGCGUCCCGUAUUACUGGUGGCCGGAGCUGUGGCACGGGAUGCCGGGAGCGAGCAACGGCGGCCGCAGCAGCAGCGCAGGACAGCACGUAUUGGUAUGGGUCCACUGUGCCACCGUUUAUCUGCUCCCAUGCUCGGUUUUCUUCUCGCUCAAUGCCAUCAUCGUACGCAAGCUCCGCUGCCGCCGUAGCUGCUUCCGUCUUCGAGGGUACUCAACUGGAAAGACCACGGCCAUCCUGCUGGCAAUCACCUCAGUGUUCGCCGUGCUGUGGGCGCCGCGUACGCUUAUGAUCCUUUACCACCUUUACACGGCACAGCCGGCGAUGCCUGGCCCCGCCAGAUUGCUGCACUUAGUCACGGAUGUGGCGAACAUGCUCGCGCUGCUCAACACCGGCGUCAACUUCUUCCUCUACUGCUUCAUUAGCAAGCGCUUUCGCAGGAUGGCCGGCACGGUGCUAAAGGCCUUAUUCCGAUGCAGGAAGCAACCACCGCCUUUUUACGCCAGUCACAACUUCUCCAUCACCAGCAGUCCGUGGAUCUCACCAGCCAACUCCCACUGCAUCAAGAUGCUGGUGUACCAAUACGACAAGAACGGCAAACCAGUCUGCAUAUCCUCCUGAUCGCCAACUCGAGUGAUGCCGUACCAAUAUAACGCUGGCUACUGAGCCAGGCGAGCUUGGGAAAAGUACUUCCCGACUAGUGACGAUCAGAAGGUGGCGAUCGGUUUGUUAGGAAGUGCCUCUAUAAGAGAUGCAGUGUCAGGUUCAGAGACAUCUUGCGGCCAAAAUGUGGUUCUUUCUCUGGAAAAAAAUCAAGCAGGAGCGGUCAUUAAGCGAUAACAUGCCAAUGCCUUUCAGGAUAUUAAUGCAAAAAAAGACUUGAUCCCGAAGUAUAGAGAAAUCAUGAAAGGCUUGCUUGAGUUCUAGGAGAUGACUGUCCAAUUAAACCAAUAUAUUGAUGUGAUUAAAAGAGUUUGUCUCUAGUAGGGAUGGGCGAUAUAGCUAAAAUCAAAUUUUGAUGAUAUUCAAUAUAUAUCUCAAUAUAUUUUCAUUUGCAUUCCAAAAAUUUAAAAAGGCGUCUUUCUGCCGCCCAUGAAAAAGACAUUAUCUGGAUAGAACAGCUAAUAUAAAAAAUUGCUUGCUACAAAAUCAAUACUAGUUUAUUUAUUUACUAAUCUUUUUAUAUAAAUCUCUUAUUUACAUUGUGUUUACACAUUGUUAGUUAUGAAAGGAUUUGCAAGCAUGUAAGUAGCUCUCAAUGCUGUUAAACGUGUUGCAAAUAGAAACCUUUUUGAACUGAAUUGGAAACCUGUCUAUAUAUUGCCAAUAUUUGAUGUAUCGCCCAAGGCUAGCCCUAGAUAGCACAGUUUUCAGUUGAUUGCACACCAAAGUAACAUUUUACAUGGAGAAAAAGGAUUCAAAGCUGGAGCCAACUAGAUGUUUUUGUUUGUGAACCACCUUUCCAACUCUCACCUUCUCAGCAAAGAGACAGAGGACUCCCUCCCUUUGUGACAUUAAAAACAACGCUGGCAUUUUCCUUUAAUAUGCUGUUGGUCUCCAAGGGCCGGUCGCAAACAGCACAAGCUCUUAUUAAAGAAUCAAGCCUUUAGAUAUGUGCUGGAAAACAGCUUCAGCAUUGCUGCCUGAUGAAGAUGAAACGCAAGGACUUCUGCUUCAACAAAAAAGCUUCUGGUGCAACUGACUGUUAAAUGUACAAUUAAGGCAAAAAUACCUUUAGAGAGAAAUUAUUCUUUAUCGUUUAAAUCAAUAUUCUAAGACACUCAUUGCUCAGUACAUGAAAGGAUUUUCUAUCACAGUGGCAAACACUAAAUAAUUAAGACUUUGUAACUUCUACCACACACGUACACGGACUCAUUUAUCCUUUGCUGGGCAGCCUCAAGAAAAAAGGAAAGCGAAGAAGAGAACACUUUUCAAAUAAAAUCAAUUGCUUUCUCCAGAGUGAGCUAUUGGGGAAAACCACAUUCAUUUAUCUUCACAGCGGUGUGGAGUAACAGGCUGCCAUCUGGAGUGCUUAAACUGUGGUGCAUAUAUAUUUAAACAAUACAGCGGGGAACAUUUUCGUAGAUAAGGUGAACUUAAAAAUGUAUGAUCUCUUUCGUAGACAAGGCUGUAUUCACCUGUCUUAUUACAGCAAGGCAAAUAAGUGAAGGUGGUUCUGCUGAAAGCUGUGAAAAAUGGCUUCUUACACAACUGAAAAUGGUCACUUUCCAUUACAGUGUCCAUGUUAAAGAUUGAGGCUUUUAGUCUAAAAUGGCUUUCAGUCCAUGUCUGUUAGCUAGCUUUGUGGACUCAUUUGAGGUAUGCUCUAGUACUCCUAAAAGUUGGCAAUGGUUUUUCAAUUUCAGGAAAAUGGACCAAAAAUACCAAGCUAUCUUGUUUGCCAGAUCAUAUAAAACUUUAGUCCUAUUAAAUACACUUCCAUCCAAAUGUGUUUUCAUUUAAGUGUUUUUGAAGCUAACAAAGCGAAUGAAUCAUUUAAGCAAAUUAAUCAGUGCUUUUGAAUGAAUCUUUUAGGUGAACGAUCCAUUCUGGUUCGCUUCCAUACGUGUAUUUACGACACGACCAUACGACUCAUAUUUUUCGUGCACUUAAGUAUCGUUCUUUUGAAGCGUGUGACUGUUUUUCUGUCUUUAUAGACUGUUUAUAGCACGUGUACAUUAUGUGCAAUUUCGUUAACUGAACCUACUGAACGAAUCAGUGUUUUGAAUCCAUGUGAGACUCGAUGCGGCACUGAAAGGAUUAGUUCACUUUCAAAUGAAAAUUAACCCAAGCUUUACUCACCCUCAAGCCAUCAGGUGUAUAUGACUUUAUUCUUUCUGUUGAACACAAUCAGAGAUAUAUUAAUAAAUAUCCUGACGCAUUCAAACUUUAUAACGGCAGUGAACAGGACCAACGAGUAUGACCUGAAAAAAGCUAUCUUCCGCAAGACCGCCUUCCGUAUUCAACAUAUGAAGAAAACUCUUGAAUAAAACUUACUACAUACUACUACAUACUAUGUAUUCCCUAUUCAACUUACGGGAAAAGUGUAACUGAUGCGAUGCCAGUUUACACUUUCUUUGUACGUUGAAUAUGGAAGGUGGUCUGGUGAAAGCUAGAUAUUUUAAUUCAUAAAUUGUUAAAUA